AUGAAUUUUAAUAAUAAUAGUAAUGAUAAUCAAAGAGAACAAAAAAAACCAACAUUUGAAUAUUUAAAUCUUCCUUGGAAAUUAGAUAGUUUAACAUACUCUAAAAUACUCAAACUCAACCCACAAGUACCAAUAGGUGAAUACGACCCUCUUGUACAAAAAAUUAAGAUUCCAGUUGAAACACCUAUCAAUAUUGCACCUGUUUUUUCCAUCAUUGACAAACUCUUUUCUGAUCCACUUGAAGAGAUUGUAGAGUUCAACAGCGAACAAAAUUAUUUCGAAACAGAAGGAGAAAGUAUAUUGUGGAUUAAAGACUUUGCUAGUACACCUGAUAUACAAAGUCUCGAAUUACUUUGUCAACUAUCAGAAUGGAAAGAUAAUAACAAAAUAAAAGGUGAUGUCCUUGGGUCUUCAUGCAAUUUUAGAUUCCAAGUCAAUGGUGUAACUCUUACUUUCAUGCCACGUGGUGGUUUUAUGUCACAAGAAAAAAGGGAAACGGUACCAAUAUCAAUAAGAGAACAAAAGUAUAUUCCAAUUCCCCCUGACUUUGUAAUAGAAAUCCGCUCUUUUAUGAAUGGUACCAACAAUAAACUUAUCUACCAACAUAGAAGAAUGUGUCAUUGGAUAACCAGUGGAGUUCAGUCUGCCAUCUUGUUGGACCUAAAAGGAAAUACUGUCUAUCUCUAUUGCCAGACCAACUUGACCAAUCUUGCCAACCAAGUUACUACCCAGCAAGCAAACCACCCCAAUGAAAUCAAUAAGUUACAAACAGAAAUUCAAAACACUGAGAAACUGUUGGAGAACCCGGUUGGUCUCAUUCCAAUGAUUAUUGAAACACUUCAGAGUACUCUUGAAAAAAUGAGAAAAAGUCUAAUAGAUCUCCAGUAUCAACAAGUAUAUUACCAAAAUCUUGUUGCUGUUACUCCAUUCGACUUCUUUGGGGUACAGGAGAAUUUCCCAAAUGUUUCUUGCAUAGCCAUACCUCUAAACCUGGCAUCAGAUGCACAUCAAGGUCCAAACAUAAUCAUUCGUGGAGUUGGAGCUGUUGACGGUUUAAGAAUCAAUCUUUCACAUUUAAAAUUACGUUAA